GCCUUCUUCUCCAUUCCUCAACACUUCCCAAACCCGUAGCAGCCUCUGCCCACUUGGUCAUCCAUAGCCACCACCAGAGAGCCAUGGCCCGUUUUCAGUCUCUCUCCCUCCUGCUCAUCCUCAGCGUUGCCCUGGCUUUUCUCUCCUCUUUAUCCAAUGCUCAGUAUUACUAUGGCUCACGGCUGCACCCUUCAGAGUGUGGGGCGAGGUGCUCGUACCGGUGUUCAGCAACACACCACCGGAAGCCAUGCAUGUUCUUUUGCCAGAAGUGCUGCGCCAAGUGCCUCUGUGUUCCUCCCGGCACCUACGGCAACAGGGAGUACUGCCCAUGCUAUAACAACUGGAAGACCCAGGAAGGAGGCCCCAAGUGCCCCUAAAUGCAUCUUCCCACAUUCUUAUAGAUAUAUAUAAGUUGAAGUUGAAGCAGAAGUACGUAGGAGAUCUUUGGUCCAGAGAGGACCAUAGCGUUAGCAGCUUUUGGGAAUGGAAUCUGGCUAUGGAGAUGAACUUGGAAGGCUUAUUUUUAAUCCAAUCACGUUCAAACUCGUAGUUUACCUUCCAUUCGUAGUUGGCAUACUAUUUAUACUAUGCAGUCAUGCUCUUACUGUUAAGGACGAAGCUCACUCAGCUCGAGUUAGCUAGCCUCAUCAUGAAUACACUACUCUAUAAAUUAUUGGUUUACUAGUGAA